AAAAGAGCUUCAGAGAGAGAGAGAGAGAGAGAGUCGUGGAGCGCGCGCUGUGUCGCUAUACGAGCACCUCGACUUCACUGUCUCGCUCCCGCACACGCGCACACUCGCACGCACAGAGGUAACUCCUCCACACCGAAACCUUCACUCUCCAGUGCGCACAUAAAUAUGAGCGCGCUUCACCAUCCGUACGGAUUAACGCCCGUGUAAGCGUUCCUCUGCCGCACGCGCCCUCCAAGCCGCUAACUGCACAUCCGUCUUUCCCUCGUGGUUAUGGGGUCCAUCAUGGCGUCUGCGUCUUAACCGGUGCGUAACGCGGAUACCGGGUGGAUCUAUGUUCCUCGGAGACGAAGAAAAGGCUGAAGGGAAAUUAGCGGAAGUUUGAGAACGGGAAAGAGGAUGCGGGCUGCGUGCUGGUGCGCCGUCUUUCUCCUCACACCGGCGCUGUGUCUGGUUUCAAGUGUUGAUGGUUCCAUCCCAGGGAAGUCGGAGCUACUUAAGUCAGGGAGCCCCAAAUCGACAUUAAAGCACAUAUGGACAGAAAGCACCAAGGACUUGUCCAUCAGUCGUCUGCUGUCACAGACUCUGAAUGGGAAGGAGAAUGCCACAGCCCUGGAUCUUCGCUAUGACACACCAGAGCCCUAUUCAGAAUGGGACUUAUGGGACUGGCUGAGGAAUGCCACCGAACUCCAGGACUCGAGGCCCAGGGCCAAACGGCGGCCCAUGGUCAAGACAGGAAAAUUCAAGAAGAUGUUCGGAUGGGGAGACUUCCACUCCAACAUCAAAACAGUCAAGCUCAACCUUCUCAUCACCGGCAAGAUUGUCGACCAUGGCAAUGGUACCUUCAGCGUUUAUUUCCGCCACAACUCAACAGGCCAGGGCAAUGUAUCCGUCAGUCUAGUGCCGCCAACCAAGAUCGUGGAGUUUGAUGUGACAGCGCAGCAGUCAGUCAUUGAUGCCAAGGACUCCAAGUCCUUCAACUGCCGCAUUGAGUAUGAGAAAGUUGAGAAGGGCUCCAAGAACACGCUGUGCAACUAUGACCCAUCCAAGACGUGCUUCCAGGAGCAGACACAGAGUCAUGUCUCCUGGCUCUGCUCAAAGCCCUUCAAAGUCAUCUGCAUCUACAUCUCCUUCUACAGCACCGACUACAAGCUGGUGCAGAAAGUCUGCCCGGACUAUAAUUACCACAGCGACACUCCCUACUUCCCCUCGGGCUGAUGGAUGCCACUGAUGUGAAGGACAACACAGGCAAUGUGGGACUCUCUCUCCCCAACCACAACAAAUAUGUGUUUCUUGUACCUUCCAAAUAUGUGACCCAGAAUUAAUUCAAUAUUUCAGAUGGGAUUCCAUUUUUUUUCCCCCACACGUAUUUUAAAAAUGUAGUUCUUAUGGUUUAAAGUGUCAGUCUGGUUCUUAAUUUAGAAUAGCUUCUUUGUAAUUGUUAUUGUUUUAGUUGGUUUAAUUAAUGAAACGUCUGAUCACAAUUAUAGGGGUAGUAAAUUCUGCCAAUUGAUAUUUGCCAGCUGUAUAUUUAUUUAUUUGUUUGUUUGUUUGUUUGUUUGUUUAUUUGAUUUAUUCAAAUGAAAUUUAUAUUUUCAUCCUGUAUGUCACUUUUAUUUCUAUAUAUUCCAGUAUAAAUGUUCAUUUCUUGAAUAUCUUGAAUGUAACAAUAUUAUUUUAUUAGAUUUUUUUUUUCUUAAAUCCCUUAACAAUAUGUGGAUGUUAAGACAGUAUAUUUUACCAACCGUUCACCAGAACAGAUGUACAGAAGAGAAAUUUGAAGUGAAUACUUUAAUUAGACUCUAAAAAAUUUUUCCCUCAUCCAUCCAACUGUGUAAGGUACACAAGAAUCCCCAAGCUUUGGUGAAUACUGUCUUGAGAUCUAAGAAUGACCCCAAGAUCUGUCGGUAUGUUUAUGGACAAAAUAAUGGUUUUCGUCUGAGAUGCCUUGACUCGGGGCAUGUUUUCUAUGUUAAAAUAAAAGAAGCAGAAAUGUGAGAACCUGAUUAACAACAGUUGUUCCUCAGCCUUUGUCCUAUUACUGUAAUAAUCCUGGAUGAUACAGCCCACACUGUCUCCUGUAGUGUCAAUAUGAUCCAGCCAUGGUUUGACAGUUUGCUCAUUGCCAUUAUAAUACACAGUAAUGUAUUGAAUUCUAUAUCUUAGAGCUUAAUUUGUAUGAAUGGUUUGUAUUGUACAUAGUCAAUCCCAAUGGAGCCACUUCUGUAUAUGCGCUCAUCUCCUAUCUGGCGAUCCUCUUCCCUUCAUCCUUUCCCCCCCUUUCUCUCUAUGCCACGUCCCAUAUCUGUUCCUGGUUUCUUGGGCAAAGAAAAUGAUGUUGCUGAUGUAGAUGUAAUUUUCAUGCUCUUGUACAGCAGCUGUAAAAGCUGUCUAAAAAUAUAUAAGUACUUACCAUCUGUAUGAUCUUGGUUACUUUCAGGUCAAACUGGGGGUGGAGAUGUGUAUAUAUAUGAAUAAAAUACUGAAAGUUUUAUCAGUUGAUUUUUUUUUUUUGAGUCCUUUUAAGUUACCUAGGAUCUUAAAGACAAAGUAAAAUAAAGAUAUGGUUUAGAAAUG